AUGUCCUCUGCUGCUGAAAAGAAACCCGCUUCUAAAGCUCCUGCUGAAAAGAAACCUGCUGCUAAAAAAACAGCUACUUCUGUCGAUGGUAAGAAGAGAUCUAAGGCUAGAAAAGAAACCUAUUCUUCUUACAUUUACAAAGUUUUGAAACAAACUCAUCCAGACACUGGUAUUUCUCAAAAGUCCAUGUCUAUUUUAAAUUCUUUUGUUAAUGAUAUCUUUGAAAGAAUUGCCACCGAAGCUUCUAAAUUGGCAGCUUACAACAAAAAAUCCACCAUUUCUGCCAGAGAAAUUCAAACGGCUGUUAGACUAAUCUUACCUGGUGAAUUGGCUAAGCAUGCUGUAUCAGAAGGUACUAGAGCUGUCACCAAGUACUCUUCCUCUACCCAAGCCUAA